ACCAUUGUGUGGCUGGACUCGGCCGCCACUGCGGUGUGAGGCGCGUGUUCGGGCUUUCACCGUCCCCGCACCCGCACCGCGGCUACUGCCUUGCGGUCCGCCGUUCGCCAGCCAGCCUUCGGGACCCCGUCCGCCACGGACAUGCCGCGCGUCUACAUAGGACGCCUGAGCUACAACGUCCGGGAAAAGGACAUCCAGCGUUUUUUUAGCGGCUAUGGCCGUCUCCUCGAAGUAGACCUCAAAAAUGGGUACGGCUUCGUGGAGUUCGAGGACUCCCGCGACGCCGACGACGCCGUUUACGAGCUGAACGGCAAGGAGCUCUGCGGCGAGCGCGUGAUCGUGGAGCACGCCCGAGGCCCGCGCCGGGACCGCGACGGCUACAGCUACGGAAGCCGCAGUGGUGGAGGUGGCUACAGCAGUCGGAGAACCUCUGGCAGAGACAAAUAUGGACCACCUGUUCGUACAGAAUACAGACUUAUUGUAGAAAAUCUUUCUAGUCGUUGCAGUUGGCAAGAUUUAAAGGAUUUCAUGCGGCAAGCAGGUGAAGUAACAUACGCAGAUGCUCACAAAGAACGCACAAAUGAGGGGGUAAUUGAAUUUCGUUCCUACUCUGACAUGAAGCGUGCUUUGGAUAAGCUGGAUGGUACAGAAAUAAAUGGCAGAAAUAUCAGGCUUAUUGAAGAUAAGCCACGAACAAGCCAUAGGCGAUCUUAUUCUGGAAGCAGAUCCAGGUCACGCUCUAGAAGAAGGUCACGAAGUAGGAGUCGGAGGAGUAGCCGCAGUAGAUCUCGAAGUGUCUCCAAAAGUCGCUCCCGGUCCAGGUCGAGGAGCAAAGGUCGAUCACGGUCUCGAUCAAAAGGCAGGAAAUCUAGAUCAAAGAGCAAAUCUAAGCCCAAGUCUGAUCGAGGCUCUCACUCACACUCUCGAAGCAGAUCUAAGGAUGAGUACGAGAAAUCUCGAAGCAGGUCUCGGUCUCAAUCUCGGUCCCCCAAAGAAAAUGGAAAAGGUGAUAUAAAGUCAAAGUCCAGAUCAAGGAGCCAGUCCCGCUCCCAUUCACCCCUACCUGUUCCACCCUCAAAGGCUCGUUCUGUGUCCCCUCCGCCAAAAAGAGCUACUUCCAGAUCCCGUUCUAGAUCUCGCUCAAGGUCAAGGUCCAGAUCAAGUUCCAGAGAUUAACCCAGAACUCUGUGUUCUUUGCACACUAUUAUGGAACACUUUUCCUACUUGCUUAGGCAGUUACUCUUACGUGUUUGUACUUGGCCUCUUCUGUGAGAGGAUCUCCUGAAAACAGGAGCACACAAAUUUGAUUUGUGGCCAAAUUUGAUGAAAAAGAUGAGGUUCUAAAAUGGUGGCAUGAAGUCAAAGACCCUCUCUCUCCCUUCUUUGUAGAAUUAAGAUAACUUUGAUUUUAUAGCUUUUGAGCUAAAAUAACUUUUGUAAAGAUUAAGCUCCUUUAGAUUUUUUUUUUUUAAGUAUUUCAGCAGGAUCUGCUGCAGGGGGUUUUGUUGUUUUAUUUGUUCGCUUAUUUUUAAAUUAACUGUUUCAAGCUUUGGAUACUUUCAGGCUUUAGAGGGAGAACCCAAUUUUCAAUUAUGUUGGCUUUUUAUAAAGCUUGAGUUAUGUAAGAUUUAAAUAAAAGUUUGCUACCAA